AUGGUAAGAAAUUAAGAAGACGUGUUUGAAACUUAUAUAAGCAAAUCAUAAAAUUCAGUGAGAGAAAAGAGACCUCGAUAUGUAUAUAAAGUAAUAUAGUUGUUUGAUAAGAAUUAUAGAGUGGAGCAUAUUAUGAUGGAGAAUGGGUUGGCAAAAAUAGGGAUGGUUAUGGAAUAUAGAUUUGGAGUGAUGGGGCUAAGUAUGAAGGUGAAUGGAAGAAUAAUAGAGCUAAUGGGAGAGGUAAAUUUUGGCAUGUAGAUGGGGAUUUCUUUGAUGGAGAAUGGAAAAAUGAUAAGGCAUGUGGUAAAGGUAUUUAUAGUCAUUUGAAUGGUGCAAAAUAUGAAGGAGAUUGGAUGGAUGAUUUGUAACAUGGAUUUGGAAUAGAAACAUGGGCAGAUAGUUCAAAAUUUGAAGGAUAAUAUUAAAAUGGAAAAAAGGAAGGAUAUGGAAAAUAUUUUUGGGCAGAUGGUUCUUCUUAUGUAGGAGAUUGGAGUGAUAAUAAAUUAUCUGGAUAUGGUUUAUAUACUUGGCAUGAUGGAAGAGUAUUAAUAUAGAUUAUUUAAGAAAUAUUUAGGAUAAUGGGCUAAUAAUUAAAUGAAUGGAAGAGGUAUUUAUAUUUGGACGGAUGGUAGACAAUAUGAAGGAUUUUAUUUGAAUGAUAAAAAACAUGGUUAUGGAAUCUAUGUUUGGCCAGAUGGAAGAGUAUUUGGAAUAUUAUUAUUUAGAAAUAUGAUGGUUAUUGGUUAAAUGGAAAAUAAUCUGGAAAUGGUAGGUAUGUAUUACAGAAUGGUAAAAGCUAUCUUGGGCUAUGGUAAGAUGGAAAAAGAAUUAGAUGGUUAGAUUAAUCAGAAUAUAAUAUAGAUUUAAGACCUAAAGAUUGGAAUUCAUAUGUAUAGCCAUCUAUGCCAGAAUGA